CUCCUCCUCCUCCAAUCGCAGAGAGCGGAGGCGCGCACCUUCCGCUCCCGCCGUCGGCAGCGUCCGAGCCCGCCGCUUCGCUCAGCCCGUUAGCCGCGGCCGGAGGUGCCGCGCGAGCCUCCCUUGCUAGCCGAGCUCUCCCGGGGCAGCAGGUGCGCGGUGGCGCGACUCCAGGCUCGGCCGCGACUGGCGGGCGGUUCUUCCCGGGAGGGUCCCGGCGGCGCAGCGAGCGGGAAAGCAGCUCCGGCCAAGGGCCGCCAAUUCGCGGGGCGUCGUGCCGGCCGCCUCCCUCGCUCCCCGCGCCCGGAUGCGCCCCCGGCGGAAGCCCCGGCCAGCCGCGGUGCGCGCCUGAACGAGGCGGGCAGCUGCGCCGGCGAGUCCCGCUCAUCUUCCAGGCAUCGGAGGUGUUGAUGGGGAAGAGGUCGGAUGACCGCGGGGACUGUGGUCAUCACCGGCGGAAUAUUAGCAACUGUCAUACUACUGUGCAUUAUAGCUGUUCUCUGCUACUGCAGGCUCCAGUACUAUUGUUGCAAGAAGGAUGAGUCGGAAGAGGACGGCGACGAGCCCGACUUCCCUGCAGAUUCGCAUAUCCCCCCCCUGCACUGCAACCGCAACGUGGCUCUGACCAACGGCCCUUCCUUGUACCGCUCCCCCUACAAGGAGCCCUCCCAGUCCCGGACUGGCUGCCCCAACUGCUCCCAGUAUGAGCCUCCAACGUUCUUCCUGCAGGAGCCCGAAGAGGAGGUCCGCAAUGGGGGCGACCUGGUCAAUUACAAGGCCAUCAGCCAAGAAGACCUGGAGCUGCCCAUCGGCUUGAGCGGCGGCCUCCAGGCCCUCAACCCCAACCGACUCUCCGCCAUGCGUGAAGCCUUUUCCCGCAGCCGCAGCAUCAGCACGGAUGUCUGAUCGGCCUGGCCCCCUCAGCUCCAGGCUUGGCCAAAGGCUGAAGGUACUUCUGCUUCCCAGCCUCUUCCUCUCUAGUCUUGUAUAAAUGGGGCCAGGAGCACGGCUGUCUUAGUAGAGAUAUCAGUUUUCUAAACCCCGGUAAAAGCAGCUCUUCCUUUCUUCCUGUAGGUGGGUUUUUUGAUACAGGACAUCCUUUUGUAUGAAUGUGCAAACUGGUUUGCCACUUUUCAGCCUGUGCAAGGUGUUGCCUCUGCUUUCCCUGAUUGGGGUGGGGGUGGGGGUGUAGGAGGCUGGAACUGAGCCAGAGCCAGAUGUGUCUUUGCAAAUUGCUUAGUGCAAAUCCAACUAUUCCCCUCUUUUCUGCAGUGUCCCCACCAUCCAUUCAGUCUAGUCUAUGAAAUCCACCCCGAGGCCUUCCUUUCCCCGCUUGCUGUCGAAGAGGUAUUUUUUAAUAUGACAGAAGAAACGUACCAGAAAUGUGGCAAGGACUGCUGUCCACUAGGUUCAGCUGAGAUGAGCUCAGCUUUAGUUUGAUUCUUGCUUGCCUCUGCCGUGCUGGUCCUAGCCUACUUUUUGUUGCUCAACUGAGGACCAUGAAAGUGUUUGGGUGGCAUCUGUGAGGGGGGGGGAGGACUUUCCCAUUUUUGAACAUGACGUUGCCUGCUGCAGGACUUCCUUUAUCUCACCUGCAACCAAAAGCAUCAGUGUUUUUGCCAACCAAACUGAAGACGACUGCAGUGCUCUGGGCCCCAGGCCUCUUGUGCUUUCUUCUAUUCCAGCUUCCCCCCCGAGUGUCCAGGAGGCAGAUGCAUGGGGAGGGUAGGCUCCUGCGGGCCCAGAGGCGUUCCUUUUCUUUGGGACAGACAGGCUGCAGCUUGGAGCUCUCAGAAUUAAAAUUUAGUGGAGCGACGUUCAUAAUGGUGACCUAUUAGGGAAGGCAGCUUCCUCAAAAUUGGAAAGUCUGGCUAGAUGGGAUAUCAGCUGGGAGACAGACUUAAAAGACAGCAGGUUGGACGGCCUUCAGAGAUGGAGGAGGCUAGUCCACCCCACUGCUCCCCCAGGCUUUUGGAUCUGGAGGCAGCAGAGGGAUGGAGACCACCCAUGGUGCCCAAAGGAAAAUGAUUCCCCUGUAGGAUCUGACAGUGUGUUCAGGCAGCUUGUAAAACUGGCAUUCCCAAGUCACGUACUGGGGAUGAAGGGAAAACAGA